CUUUCCAAUUGUGACCUUCAUUCUUUUGUGCGUCUGAGGGUGCAGUGACGCGUCCGCCACGAUCCCAUACGGUGCCCUGCGAAACACCAAAGUUGAGGUGAGGUAGGAAUUGAAAUUCCCGCAACCUGUCGACUUGGUACCGUCUCCACUCUCUGGUCUUCCCUCUUAACUCCUUCACUUCGACAACUCGAUUUGGUCCCUCAACCAGACGCAGAUCGUCGCCUGAACAUGGCUAUCUUGAGCUGCCUCCCGGGCCUCAAGGUCAAUAUUAGGGCUAAUGGUGAACUUGCCAAGGAAUACGAUGCGCCGCCAGACGAUGUCAAGGCGGGCUCAAAGAAGUACAAGUUCCACAAGUUGUCAUCGAGGAUUAGUGAGGAAGAUCCAUACGCGUUGGCUUAUGUGGAGUCAAAGCCAGGAGAGCAGUUCGAAGUCGCCAUCGACAGUACCGGGCUCGGCUUCCCAGAUUUCCGUCGGCAAAUCAGUUUGACAGUCAUAAUCGACAAUUGGUCCCUUCGACCACACCUCAUAAGGAAUCAAGUCGACACUUUCUCCGCUGCCAUCGUUGGCGACAACGUGACUGGAUGGCAAAAGAUAUCUUUCAGCUUCUCUUCACUCGACAUUGUGGAGGCACCGGUCUCAGAAAAGGACAUCAAGAAACAGAUCGAAGAAGCCAGCAGGUAUGGCACAAUCGUCGUUAAACUCGAGUUGGUGUAUGAUGGGACUCCGGCCUCAGGAGGAGGUUCUAUAGCUCCACCCAAAACAUCCGUUGGAAAGGUGGCAGAGAAGGUCCUAAAGGGGAAAGCAGUAGACAGCAGAGCCACGUUCAAGUCGCAAGCGGCCACUGCGCCCAAGUUUUACGUUGUUACUUCCGCGGAUCCGCUUCAUCGGCCCUUUGCGGUCUUCGAGUUUAGAUACCGCACGAUGGAGGGCCUUAUUCGGGAGUUUAUUGUACCCCGACCCAAAGAAGUCAUUGAUGUUGAGGAAGAGUUCAUGCGUAUCAAGCGUAUCAAGCCCGAACUUGCCGUCGAAGCCCGUGGCAUCAAGAGAGAGCCCAUGGACGCAGCUCUUUUCGCUUCUCGCUACAAACAGCGCAGGUUGGAAGACGGCAAGGUUGAGAUUGAUCUAACAGACGACUGAGGCUCGUACUGCACGUGUGUCGGCAGUCUAUAGUAGGUUCAGACAAGGUAUCUUCUGGAAGUGCAUUUUUGCGCUGUUAUCCAACAUAUAGAGGGGUCAGAAAGACUUAGAGCGAGAAGAAAAUGGCGCAACGGAGGUUGAGGGUUGGUCUUGGUUGUUGCAACUUGUUUGUAAACUAUGAAGACGAGAGAGGCAGUUUCUGCUGUUUGUCCAAUGACUUUUUAGCAACUGUAUUUGAUAUCUCCAGAAUUGUAGGUAAUGGCCGAUUUUUCGGUUUAUAUACUAGCA